AUGUAUUUCUUCACACAUCACCAUAUAUAUAGUAAAUGGAAUCAUACAACCGUAUUGUUAUGUGCUUGAAUUUUGUGCCAUUAGUUGAAAUCAAUCAUGGUAUUUAAAUGCCAAUUGUAAGGCAAAGCUAUCAAGAUUUGUUACAAGAAUUUCAUAAGUUUAUGGUUACAUUUUAAAUCUGUUAAAAUUCAUAUUCAACAAAGUGGAAAGCACAUCAUAAAAAAUGCUUCCAUCCUUCUUUGAUUGAUUUAUCAUUUUUUUUCAUUAAAUCUGAUGUAUGUUUCAUAAUACAUAAAAAAAAAUGUGGUAUGGGGAAAAGAAGAUUUCUUGGCUUUAAAUUUGUACAAAGUUUCAUUUUUUCUUAUCUUGAUGACCCAAAAACUUUGAAUUGUUAGGGUUGACCUCUGCAUCGUAUACGUCUACUAUUUUUCUGUGAAAAGAUAACCAUUCUUAAAGUAAGAGUCAACAAGUGAGUUAAUUUGUUUGGUUGGCUUAAAAGUAGAGAGAAUGUGUUUUACAAUAGGACGGAUAAUUUGAAAAUUAUCAACUCUCAAGUAUAGUUCAUAUUAGAACAAGAAAAUACCAGACAAAAUAAAGUCUUGAUACUUUAUGCAAACGUGUUAAUAUUUGAUAUCUAAUGAAGGGGUGAUUGAUGAUUAUAGCUAAAUAGAAAAUGGUCAGCACCUAUCUUCUAGAGAUGGAAGGUAAAAGUUUUGUUAUGAAAAGAUUGCUUUAUAACAAAAAUUGAUAAAGUACGAAACAAAACAACUUCGUACUUACUAAAAGAGCAGAGUUAUCUAACAACAAGUAGAGGGUCUUAAGGUAUAAAGACUAAGAAAGAGAUUUUUGAGCUUCCAAAAUUAAAAUUUACAAACUGCAAAAGCAUUUCAACCCUGUAAUGCCACCUAUAUAUGUUCAAUAA